UUUUUAAUUAAAAGGGAAUGUCUGGCUCAUAAAAGAUAUGCCAAAUCUAUAAAGAACGUAAGGCAAACUUUCAUAUCUCCAAGCACUCAUAUUACCAAGGAAUUUUACUCUUUAUGUGACUUUACCAUGGACGAGUGCAAUAUCAACAUUAUGGAUCUUUACAAAAGCAAUGCUUGAUUUGCUGUUUGUUACAAGCCCGCUUAAACACACAGAAAUCUCACUCAAGACAUAAGGAUGAACCUAAGAAGGUAAAAUAAGCCCCUAUUUAAUUUAAAAAAGGCGUCAAAGUUUGUUUGGUCUUCCUUAUAGAUCUUUCAUCCAUUCAGCGCCAACACUAAAUGUUGGUAAAUCUCUGUUAGAGGUCGCUUAAUAUCUCUUCAGCUACGAACCCUCAGACACUCCUUUUGCCCUUUCUUACCUGUCUAACCGUACGGUAUAGGCCAAUGCGUGUGCUGCUCUCACUAACUUCUUUAAAUCCUAAAAUAAAAAUUGGCUUA